AAAAAAAAAGCGAAAAACGAAGCUGCUUUCAAGUAUUGAAGAUACAAGGCCAGGAUGAACACGAAGGACACAAAAGUGACUGAAGGAGGUCUCAAUGUCACGCUUACCAUACGCCUUCUCAUGCAUGGCAAGGAGGUUGGAAGCAUAAUUGGAAAGAAAGGUGAGACAGUUAAGAAGAUGAGGGAGGAGAGUGGUGCUCGAAUCAAUAUUUCAGAAGGCUCCUGUCCAGAGAGAAUUGUGACAAUAACAGGCCCAACAGAUGCAAUUUUUAAAGCUUUUUCUAUGAUUGCACUAAAAUUUGAAGAGGACAUAAACGCUUCAAUGACAAACAGCACGGUGACAAGCAAACCGCCUGUAACACUGCGGCUCGUCGUCCCGGCGAGUCAGUGUGGAUCCCUUAUAGGAAAAGGAGGUUCCAAAAUCAAAGAAAUCAGGGAGUCCACAGGGGCCCAGGUGCAGGUGGCGGGGGACAUGUUGCCGAACUCGACGGAGCGCGCAGUGACUAUAUCGGGCACUCCCGACGCCAUUAUCCAGUGCGUGAAACAAAUAUGCGUUGUUAUGCUGGAGUCCCCACCCAAAGGUGCCACCAUCCCCUACCGCCCCAAACCUGCCUCUGCACCUAUCAUUUUUGCAGGUGGCCAGGUAAGAGCAGACACCAUUUUGGCUUCAGCUGGAAACCACACCGUCUUGGCCCAACCUCAGCCAGCGCCUGCGUUCACGAUUCAGGGGCAGUACGCCAUCCCUCAUCCAGACUUGACCAAGCUUCACCAGUUGGCUAUGCAGCAUCCCCCCUUUACUCCCCUUGGGCAGACCACCCCUGGUUUCCCUGGACUGGAUGCCACUACUCCAACCAGUUCCCAUGAACUCACUAUUCCCAAUGAUUUAAUAGGCUGCAUUAUUGGCAGACAAGGCAGUAAGAUAAAUGAAAUCAGGCAGAUGUCAGGAGCGCAGAUCAAGAUUGCUAAUGCCACAGAAGGCUCCGCAGAACGACAAGUUACCAUCACAGGAUCCCCUGCAAACAUCAGCUUAGCACAGUACCUCAUUAAUGCAAGGCUGUCUUCAGAAGUCACUGGCCUGGGGGCUCUGUAAUGUAUCUCACCAUGCCCUAGUGCAUUAGCCACCAGACAGGACUUUCCCAAAGCCCCAUGAGACAAUGCUUUCUAUGGACUAAUCUACAGAGGAGUUUCUGCCAUUUCUAACUUUCUUAUUAUUCUGAGACAUCAAAAGAAAACACUUCUUUUACUCUUUAAGCAACUGUGCUUCCUAACUCUUGUGUUGCUUUCAUUACUGUUCCAGUUUUAACACUGUUGUGGCUCAUAACAUGAAGCAAAGUUCUUUUUGGGGGUUAAUUUUCAUCAAUGUUCAUGCUUUAGCUAAUCUGUAUAAAAGCAUGGGCCGGUAGUGUUCUAAACCACUGUAUUCAGCUAGAGACUUGACAGUAAGUUAAAUGAGACAUUUUAUAAAUAAAUUUUUUUCCUGAUUUAAAAAAAAAAAAAAAAAAAGACGUGGUAGCUUUGUGCAUACAACUGUUGUGUUGUUUAAACUUUGUUCUUUGUAACCAAAUUGCUAAUUUGUCAUUUGAGAAACACUAUUUUAUGGAUUGUCAAACUCAGAUCAUAGACAAAUUGCUUGUUUUCAUUAAUAAUUAAAGGUUCAUAUCAUCAC